GUCGCGCGCUGUGUGUCGCAGCUUUGGUGACGUUUCUCCAAUCGACUCCAGAAAACUCUCCGCCGCCGCGGCCUAGCGCUCCCGGUCCCUCUUUCCCGUCAUUUUAUCCACUCAUGUCCGUCUGUCCAAACCCAAACCGAGCGGGAACCGCUGCCGUAUGAGGCGCUGAACACGGGACGGUCGAUUUACCCGAAAAGCUCGUGAAAUUACAGUAAACAGAGGGAGGGAGCGAUGACAUCCCGAAGGUGGUUCCACCCCAACAUCACUGGAGUGGAGGCGGAGAACCUUCUCCUCACUCGUGGUGUGGACGGCAGUUUCUUAGCCCGUCCCAGCAAAAGCAAUCCUGGAGACUUUACGCUCUCUGUCAGGCGAAAUGGCGCCGUCACCCACAUUAAGAUCCAAAACACGGGAGACUAUUAUGACUUGUACGGUGGAGAGAAGUUUGCCACUCUGGCUGAGCUGGUGCAGUAUUACAUGGAACAUCACGGACAGCUGAAAGAGAAAAACGGAGACGUCAUUGAGCUGAAAUACCCACUCAACUGUGCCGAUCCCACUUCUGAGAGGUGGUUUCAUGGUCACCUAUCUGGUCGUGAGGCCGAGAAGCUGUUGACAGAGAAGGGCAAGAAUGGAAGUUUCCUGGUGAGAGAAAGUCAGAGUCACCCGGGAGAUUUUGUGCUCUCCGUACGGACUGGAGAUGACAAGACGGACACCAGCGACGGCAAACCCAAAGUCACACACGUCAUGAUACGCUGCCAGCAUGAUCUGAAGUAUGAUGUUGGCGGUGGGGAGAAAUUUGACUCGCUCACAGACCUGGUGGAGCAUUACAAGAAAAACCCUAUGGUGGAAACACUGGGGACAGUCCUGCAGCUCAAACAGCCUCUGAACACUACCCGCAUCAAUGCAGCAGAGAUUGAAAGUCGGGUACGAGAGCUCAGCAAGCUGGCAGAGACCACAGAUAAGGUCAAGCAGGGAUUCUGGGAGGAGUUUGAGACGCUUCAGCAGCAGGAGUGUAAACUGCUGUACAGUCGCAAGGAGGGCCAACGGCCGGAAAACAAAAACAAGAACAGAUAUAAGAACAUUCUUCCUUUCGACCACACACGAGUCGUGCUGACCGAUGGUGACGCGAACGAACCGGGCUCUGACUACAUCAACGCCAACACCAUCAUGCCUGAUAUCGAGACUAAAAGCAACAACUCCAAGUUGAAGAGGAGCUACAUCGCCACGCAGGGCUGCCUGCAAAACACCAUCAGUGACUUCUGGAGGAUGGUGUUUCAGGAGAACACUAGAGUCAUCGUCAUGACCACGAAGGAAGUGGAACGGGGAAAGAGUAAGUGUGUGAAGUAUUGGCCUGACGUGUCCGCGCUGAAGGAAUACGGAGCCAUGCGUGUGCGGAACGUGAAGGAAACGUGCGCACAUGAUUACAUCCUGCGAGAGCUGAAGCUGUCAAAAGUUGGACAGGGUAAUACUGAGCGUACAGUGUGGCAGUACCAUUUCCGCGCCUGGCCUGACCACGGUGUGCCCGGAGACCCUGGCGGCGUGCUGGACUUCCUGGAAGAGGUCAAAAUGAAGCAGGAGAGCAUAACCGGGGCUGGAGCCAUCGUGGUGCACUGCAGUGCUGGGAUUGGACGAACAGGAACGUUUAUCGUGAUUGAUAUUUUAAUAGACAUCAUCAGAGAAAAGGGAGUGGACUGUGAUAUCGACGUGCCCAAGACUAUCCAGAUGGUGCGAUCUCAGCGUUCAGGAAUGGUACAGACAGAGGCCCAGUAUCGCUUCAUCUACAUGGCUGUGCAGCAUUAUAUUGAGACUCUGCAGCGCCGCAUAGUGGAGGAGCAGAAAAGUAAAAUUAAAGGACGCGAGUACACCAACAUCAAAUACUCUCUCUCUGACCUGACUGGAGGAGACCAGAGCCCUCUGCCACCGUGCACACCAACACCAACCUGUGCCGACAUGAGGGACGACAGCUCUCGAGUCUAUGAGAAUGUGGGUUUAAUGCAACAGCAGAAGAGUCACAGAUGAGAUGAGAUUCCAACACUGUCCAAAUCACAGACAGGAAUCCCUGUUUGUGUUGUUGCCAGACGCUCCUGAACACCUAAGAAGUGAUCUUGACUAAACUGAGAGACGACAAAAAAAAUAAAGGAAAAAAAAAAUUCAGAGACUAGACCACACAAGCUCAGAGACAUGUGGAUGGAGAGAAUUGCAUUUCUCCUUCCAGCUACGUAGCCUUUUAACCCCACACUAAGAAACCACUGUGACCAUCAUGAAGCCUUAUACAGAAUAAACCCAAAACAGCCCCUUGCAAAA